GGCCGCGGCGCCUCGGCGGGGGCUUCGGCGGCCGCAAGGAGUCCGGCCAGCUCCGGUUCGGCUGCGUCGAGAGACCCUUCCGGAAGCCCAUACUGCUGGGUGGACUCAAGGCAAAUGAACCUGUUGAUGCAAAUAGCAGAAGCAGAAAUCAAUGCAGCAGAUAGAUAGAUUAAAAUGAACAAGGUUCAAUGACAACUAACAAUCUAUGUGGCUGAGAGAGACCAACACCCAUCAAAACAACUAUGAAACAAAGCCAUGAGUAAUGUUUACUGGAAAGAGUUCAAAGGAUGGCUCCAAGCAUUCACCAACACAGAGAAAGCACUAUCACUUUUAUUCUUUGUUCUUUUAGUUGUAUUUUUAGUAUUAUUAGUUUUUGUAAUUGUACAUUUAAGUAUAUGCCCUGAAAAACUGGAAACUGAAGAGUUUAGUAGCACUACAGAAAGCACUACUGGCACAAUCAGUGAAGCCACUGUUGACAAGGAGACAGAGGGACAGCAGCACUCCUCGCCGACAACCCCAUGGUCUGUUACGCCUGACAACGACACAGAUGUGGCCACGGCGGCGACCGACGUGACCAUCGGCCCCGGAGACACGUGCACGUGGGGCCGCCGCACCAGCACCGCCACCAGGUACCUCGAGGAGGCCGCGGGGGCCGCGCCAGGGGCGGGGGCGGGCGAGCUGGCGCGCUACACGCUGGCGCUGGUGCAGCUGCGGCCGCGGAGGGGGGGCACAUUCGGCUGCACGGCGACCGCGGUGGCGCCGCGCUGGGCGCUCACAGCUGCCAGCUGCCUCCACGCCAUACAGGAGGAGGACUCGCUGGACGGCCUCGUGCUGCGCGGGGCGUGGCGCGGGGCGUGGGGUGCGGGGGUGGCGGCCGUGCGCGUGCACCCGCAGUAUCACGGCUCAGUCCAAGCGCGCGACGCCGCCGCCCUGCGCGCCGCCGCGCCGCUGCUGCCGCCCGGGGCCCCGCCCGUGCCGCGAGCCUCCCUGCUCGACUACUUGCUCGUCACCAUCGGGGAGCGUUUCACCUUACUUGGCUAUGGAAAAUUCAGGUCAGUGGAUCGUGGCGCGGCGGGGCGCGUGCUGCGUGCGACGGUGUACAGCGUGCCGGCGGCGCAGUGCGCGGCGCCGCGGGACGAGCGGGCGAGGGAGCCGCGGGACCUGCCUCCACUGGGCGCGGGCGCGCUGUGCGCGGCGCCGGGCGGGCCGCGCGCCGCGUGCCGCCACUGCGCGGGGUCGCCGCUGUACCGGGGCCGCGUGCUGUACGGCUUCAUGGGCCACAACCCGCGCUGCGGCGUCUCCUGCGGCCCCGCGCUCUUCGUCAACAUAGCCGCCAUACAGCACUGGCUGGAUGAGCUUGAGGCAGAAUAAAUAGUUGUUUUUGUUAA